AUGCUACAGUGGAAUUCAUUCGUGCAAAAGGCUCAGUCCCUGAUUGACCCAGCCAACUUCAACAUCCCCGCCCUCUCCUCAUCCGACCAUAAUCCCUCCAAGGCUUCGUUAUUCCGCCAACAAUUCCGCCUGCCCGACUCGCAGAACCCCCUCCAGGAGAUUACUGCCGACCUUGUCCUUCCCCUACCAAACUCAUCGGGAACUCAAGGCGAUCGUCGGGUGGACCGGGCAGGUGCUCGCUACACUGGGCGUCUACACCUGAGUGAACGAUUCAUCUGCUUCUCCACCCAGCCGACGAGCUUCUUACCUUCCGCAAGCCUAACUGCCUCUACCAACUGGACCGGGCAGACACAUGGGACAGGCCCGUCUGGAAAUGGCUUCACCCUCCCCCUUUCCUGUAUCCGGCGGGUGGAACGCCUCCACAGCGCCAGUCAUGUGUUCUCUCUGGCACUGACGACGUGGAAUGGCCUGCUAAGCAAGCAGCAAGAACCUAAUUUUGUGCCUCAGCGCCUCAUUAUCCAGCUCGUCGGUAGCAGACAGUCCUCUGAACGGUUCUGCGACUGUCUCAAGAAGGGCUUGCGGGAAGGCAUGAAAGAAGUGGAUAACUUGCGGCUUGUUGUCUCGGAUUGCUACUCGGAAUAUCUGCUAUCGGGUGCCAAGGGGAAGUCUCAGGAAGGGAAUGAGGCGGACGCUCGUCAGCCACCAGAUGCUGGACUGGGCAUGAUUUUCCGUUACCCUGGCGAUGCGCGCAAGCUUCGGGAUCGCAGUAAGAUGCGACUGUGGGGCGAAUACUUCCGAGAAAAUGGUCGCAAUACUACCCUUGUUCGCCAGCCCACUUUUCACAAGUUGAUUCGUGUCGGUCUACCGAAUCGUUUACGUGGAGAGAUCUGGGAACUCACGUCUGGCUCUCUUUUCCUUCGGUUACGAUCACCCAAUUUGUAUCAGGAGACUCUAGCCCAAUUUCAGGGCCAAGAGUCCCUUGCCAUUGAUGAGAUUGAAAAAGACUUGAACCGGAGCUUACCAGAAUACCCUGGCUUCCAAAGUGAGGAGGGUAUUGGACGUUUGCGACGGGUCCUCACGGCCUACAGUUGGAUCAAUGCCGAAAUUGGUUACUGCCAGGCCAUGAAUAUCGUCGUUGCAGCAUUAUUGAUAUAUAUGUCUGAGGCCCAGGCCUUCUCUCUUCUGUCUGUGCUAUGUGACCGUCUUCUACCCGGUUACUAUUCCACGACUAUGUAUGGCACACUGCUUGAUCAAAAGGUCUUCGAAUCCCUCGUGGAGAAAACCAUGCCUGUCCUAUGGGAUCACCUCGGCAAAUUCGAUGUACAACUCUCCGUUGUGUCAUUGCCGUGGUUUCUUUCCUUGUACAUCAACUCUAUGCCGCUUGUCUUUGCCUUCCGUGUAUUGGAUGUUUUCUUCCUGGAAGGACCCAAGGUUCUUUUCCAAGUUGGUCUUGCCAUUCUUCGGGUCAAUGGCGAGGAGCUUCUCGAUGUCCAAGAUGAUGGAUCGUUUAUUUCCGUGCUGAAGUCAUACUUCUCACGCUUGGAUGAAUCUGCCCACCCCCGAUCAGAAAAUCCCAAGCUGAGAGCCAUCACUCGGUUUCAAGAACUGAUGGUGGUGGCUUUCAAAGAAUUCUCAGGCAUUACCCACAGCACGAUCACUGAGCAGCGCGAAAAGCACAAGGAUGCUGUGUUGGAGAACAUUGAAAACUUUGCCAAGCGCACUUCUAUCCGCAACCUUGGACCCGAGAGCAAGCGCCUAAGUGUGGACGAUCUGGGAACUAUUUACGACCGCUUUUACGAAACCCUAUAUCAAUGGCAACAGCACCAGAGGCUUAUUGAGGAGGAGAGGAAGCGACAAGAGAAGAAGAAAUCCGAGCGUCUAUCGAUCCUUGCACCUACCGAGAGCGAAGUCGGCCGGGUUGGUCUCGGGCCCAGCCCUACACAUAUGGACUAUGAGGCCUUCCGAGAGUUUUUGGCGGCCACAUCGAAGUGGGCAGCUGGUGACUCGCCCGCCCCCUCCAGAAAAAAUUACCCGGGUGACCAGGGUUAUCACAGCCAGAAGGGCUCCACCAAGUCGCUCUUGUGGGCAAAUCGCCGACUGCCAGCGGACCAUGAAUUCAUGCAACGCCUCUACCGCAAGUGGGCUACCGAUCCUACCGAGGGAUUGAGCCUGCAAAAUGUCGUGAAUGGCCUGGCGCGCCUCAAGGGGUCGCCAGAUAUCAUGAACAACAUCAACUACUUCUUUGAUCUCUACGAUGACAGCGGCAGUGGCGAGGUUGACCGCGAGGGGAUUCUCAAAAUGUCAGAGGCGCUGCUGUUUCUUUCCCGCCGAGGGUUCGAGGGAACCAUCAGUGCUCCUACUCAGUCAUUGGAGGAUUUGAAUGGACCCCGCGAUCGUGAGCACGCCGAGCAAAACCGACUCACCGCUGAUGAGAGAUUCCUUGGAAGUGUCAGCGCGUUCAUUCGUCGUUGUUUUGAAUAUGCCGAUCCCAGCCAUCCGCAGAACCAGGGCACUGCCAAGAACAAUGUUACAGAGGCAGCGGAAAAACUGGACUCGUUUGCUAUCGGCGGUGACGACGACGAAGACCUGAUCGAUGUGGAUGGGGAUUCUAAGUCCAACAAAUCGCCGGUGUCAGAAGCAUCGCCCCGGCCAGCCAAGUCCAACAACCCCAACGCGACUACUCGAGGACAGAACCGGCAGGCAUCCGAGUCUGCUAACCCAGCCCUCGACCCCAACAACCCUCUUCACAUCACUCUCCCCACGUUCCGAAUGGUUGUGUUGGCCGACGAACUCUUGGAGCAGUUCUUUGAAUCUUAUUUCCCGCAAUCCUUCCAUCUUUCUGACCAUCCGCACCCGGCCGCUCUUGCCGCCUCCUCUUCGCUCUCGUCCAACCUGACGACCUUCUCCAACCUUGGCAGCCUCCGAUCACCCCAGCUCGGCGCCGCCUCGGGUGUCUCUGUUGCCGGCGCCUCCGGGGGUAUCGUGCCCCCCGGCAAGGGCCUGCGUGGCGUCCUCGACAACAUCGUCACCGACGGUAUCCGCAUGGCGGCCGAACGCGAGCUCGAGCGCAACGCUCUUGGUCGCGACGAAGACGACGAUGAGGAGGACGAGGAAGACUACCCCCGCCGUGCUGACGCUAGCGCCGCCGCCAUGGCCGGCGGAAUUGGCAGUUGGGGCGCUGGCGCAUACGGCGCCGACCCCGAGCGCCGCAGUGUCCGCGAGGCGGACCGAGACUUGUUGGAAGGCGCCGAGGUGGUCAGCGUUCGCGGCAAGGACGAGUCAUCGUCUCUGCUGGAAGGCAAUGAAGACUCCGAACUACCAGCGAACAAGGCCGUUGGUAGUCCUACCGACCACUCCGGGGGCAAUUCCUCAUCGAACCACGAUGUUGAGGUUGUUAGCAAGGUCGUCGAGUUUGACUCAUGA